AUGACUUCUAUGACCUUUGGGCAGAAAAAGUUCAUACCGACCGCGCCGGAAAAGGGCAGUUUCCCGCUGGACCACGGCGGCCAGUGCCGCAAGCUGAUGCUGUUUUACAUGCGCUGCCUGCGCGAGAACGCCGACGAUAAUUCUGCCUGCCGCCAGGAAUCGAAAGCGUACCUGCAGUGUCGCAUGGAUCACGAGUUGAUGGCCAAGGAAGAUUUCUCCAAACUCGGCUACUCUUCACAAACGCCGCCAAAGGCCAGCGAGCAGUCGUGA